UUCUUCACUCUGUUGUUGUUAAUACCCAUCCUCCCAGCCUCCCAUUUCUCAAUACACUCCUUCUCACCUUUUAACCCAUUUUUUUUUUUCAAUUUCAUAUAGAGAAUUUUAUUUAUACAUGUACAAAUAAUGAAAAGUACUUUUUGGCUCUAUUAUCAAUACAUUGUAACACUCGUUCUUGUUGUAGCAAUCACCUCAAUAAAAGCAGAUGACAGCUGUUCUCCAAUCAAUUGUUUGACGAGUUGUGCAUCGAGUUGUUCAGCAGAUCAAGUAUGCGUUGUAGGUACUAUGACCACUUGUGGUAUUUGUCCACAAAGCAAAUGCGUACCUAGAGAAUCAUUGGGAUUGUCAUCUACAGGGCAGUCAAUAACCAGUACUAAUGGUGAUAGUGGUACUCAUGGCUCCAGUACGGCAAGCAGUGAUGAUACAAACGAUGAUCCUACCGUCAGUAGUACUAAUAAUGGUGCACUCAUCGGUGGUAUUGUGGGCGGGCUCCUUGGCGGAGGUACGUUGUUAUGCCUACUAAGUUAUUUGAUCUUCAUUCGUCCAAAGCGUAACCAAAGAAAGAGCAAUAUGCCACUACACCUUCGCCCACCCACGAUUAAACCUACCAACAACAAUACCGCUGAACCAACCGUACGAGAUGAAGAGGAAAUGUAUCAACACAGUCAACACACCAGUUUAAGUAACAAUAUCUACAGCAGCAGCGGUAGACAGCAACAAAUGUCCGGUGUUAUUCCUGUUACUUUUAUACCUCCAAUGACCUAUUCUAAUAGGACCACAACAUCUUUAUCACGUUUUAGUGCCCUAAAUGCACUACAUCAAAGCAUUCUAAAUGAUGGCAACCAUGAUGACGAUCAGGCCAAUCCUUUCCAUGAUAGACAAAGCAUUGUUACAACAACUACAAUGUCAACAGAUACGCAAUUUGCACCCAACCAAUAUAAUCCAACCAGGAUAAGCAAAAAUAGACAUAUGUCGAUCGAAUCAGAUAUGAGCAGUAGCACGAUACAUCGCUCUUCAAUAGCAGUAGCGACUUCGACUACAACAAUAGCAACUAUUGCCCAAGCAAUGCAAGUAAUGCGGGCUAAACCACAAGUUAUGAGAGUGAAUACUUUAAAUAGCAACUCUGCCACUAGAAAAGUUUCUAUUAAAAGGACAUCGUCAUCUGAGAAAGUCGUGGAAGAACACGAACAGCAACAACAAGAUGAUGAAAUGAACGACAAUCCUUUUGAUGAUAAAAAUAAAGUGACUAGCAAGACAUUAACAUCUACAGCGGCAUUAAAUCAUACCAGCACCUCAAGACAGCAACAAUAUUUCAGCGGAGUGGAAUCUAGCAAAGCAACCACAGAUAGUGUGUUAUCAUGCCCAGGUGAUGGAGAGAUUACUAUCAUAUGGAACGCAAAUUGAUAUAAAAUAUAAUUUUAUUCAAAAAGGAACUCCUUUUAGCUAAUUGUAUCUCUUGCAAUGUUUAUGCAUGUACAUGUCUUCUUGAUAGCGGCGAGGACAGUUUCGCGAGGAAGCUCAGUAUCAACAACAACUUCUUGCUUUUCUAAACUAAUGUCGACAUUCUUGACGCCUAUAAUACACAUAUCAUUAAAUUCCCUGAAAGCCAUCCAUAUUCUUUCGUAUAAUGAUUACCUUCAAGUCUAGUUAGAGCUCGGUUAACAGCAUUGGAGCAACCAGAACAGCUCAUUUCAACGUUGAAUUUGUAUUGCUGGUAAAACGAUCAAAGGUUACGAUGAGGGAGAACAUAGUAAUAAAAAAUAAUGUCAAUGCUUGCUACUACUUGACUAUGAAU